CUACUGCAAUCGGCAAUCUCAUUGCCUAAUAUUAAUUACUUCUCCCCACGACCUAGCUAUUCUCGAUCAAAACCAUGGCGCCCAAGGUGCUCGCCCUCCAUUACCUUCUCACUCUCACCAUAACCCUAAUCCUCACUUUCUCCUCGGCCGGAUCCCAUAGCUUCGCCACAAAAUCGUCCCGAGCAGCGCUAGGCCUCAAGGAAGAGAAGAUUACCCACCUCCAUUUCUACAUGCACGACGUCUUCGGCGGUCCCAAAGCCACGGCGAUCCCCGUCACCAAAGUUCUGGACAACAAUACGUUCUACGGCGGGCUGUACAUGGCCGACGACCCGCUGACUUUGGGCCCCCGGCGGGACUCCAAGCCGGUCGGGAACGGUGGGGGAACCUACGCGUUCCCUUCCCCGAAAGACUUCGUUUUGGAGAUGAACUACAACUUGGGGUUCACGCACGGGGACUACAACGGCAGCUCGCUUUGCUUGAUGGGGCGUAUCGCCCCUAAGUCGAUUGUGAACGAGAUGGCGAUCGUUGGCGGGACGGGGGUUUUCCGGUUCGCUAGUGGAUACGCCGUCACCAAAAGGGUCGUGCUUGAUUUCAAGGCUCAGGUUGUUGUUAGGGAGUUUAACGUUUAUGUCUCGCAUUAUUAAUUGUUGGCUCUUUCUUUUUUCCUUAUUCCCUACCCUUGUUCGUUUUGUGUGUUUUGUAUCGUGAAAAUAGCCGAGAAAAAUUUGAUAACCGGAUUGGGAUCUCAUCACUCACUCACGCCGUUUUCCGAUUUCCUUUUGCACUUUUAAUUCGAAAGCAAAUUUCGUCGUCCGGCCACUUGUUCAAAGCCAUGGCCAAAGCUCUCUUGACGAACAUCCUCUUUCCGCAUUCAAUUUAGCUCCCUCCCUGUAAGGAUCACGGCCGCCGCCGAAUCAAAUUCUGGCGACGGU